AUGUAUAACUUAGUGCCUUCAGGAAGAAAAUACAAUUCAGGGCUUAAUAUAAUACAUAAAUUUACAAAAGAGGUGAUACGUAAGAAAAAUAUCGCACGAUGACAAUCGCGAAACGGUUCUGCAAAAUUGGAAAACGAGGAUGGCGAACUUGACAUAGAUAAGCGAAAGAGGACAGUUUUUCUGGAUCUAUUACUAGAUCAGAAUGAGAAGGACGAAACUCCGUUAACUAAUGAUGAAUUGAGGGCACAAGUCGACACAUUCAUGUUUGAGGGUCACGACACAACUGCGAUUGCGAUGAUCUGGACGCUCUUUCUUUUGGGCAAUAAUCUCGAGCAUCAAGAAAAAGUUCAUGAAGAACUCGAGGAAGUUUUCAAAGAUUCAAAGACACCAGCCAGCGUAAAGGAGCUGUCGCAGUUAAUGUAUCUCGAUAGGAUCAUAAAAGAAACGCUCAGAUUAUUCCCAAGUGUACCUGUGAUCUCAAGAAAAUUAGCAGAUGUAAAGAUAGGCGAUUAUACGCUUCCGAAAGAUGCUACAGUCAUAUUGGGAAUCUCAUUAACGCAUACAAAUCAGGAAGUUUGGUCAGAUCCAAAAAAGUUCGAUCCAGAUCGCUUUCUUCCGGAUAAUUCGAAACAUAGAAAUCCAUAUGCCUACGUUCCAUUCAGCGCUGGACCAAGAAACUGUAUCGGCCAGAAAUUUGCUUUACUCGAAGAGAAAGCGGUAUUAACAGCCAUUUUGAGAAAGUGGAGAGUGAAAAGUGUAAAAGCAAUGGAUACAGUUCAAUACGGGCUCACUAUCACUUAUCGACCGUGCGAAGAGAUAUUCAUCCAUUUCACGCCAAAGAAAUAAUUAAUUUAUCAUACCAUAUACUCUAUACACUUUUAUGUAUACCUUGAAAUAUAUGGUGACGGUUUCGACGUUCUCGUCGUACAGAGGAUGACAUGAUAUAACGGAUCGUAAAUACCGAAAUCGUAAUAUUGGCAUA